AUGGCCGUUCACACCUCUACUUCUAGAGCCAACCAAAAUGAGGAAAAAAGGAAGGCUCGUCGUGAACUCCGCCAAAAGCGAAGCUACGAUGCGGAUAUUCAUCGAGUAAAGGAUGCCCAAAGGUCGGGAGGUAGAGCUUCCCCGCAAACGAAAGAAGGCUACAUUGAAAAGGUACGCCAUUAUGAAGAAUUUUUAAAGGAAGAGAAGGGAUUACCCGAAGACUAUAAGGUUGAAGUUGGACAUCGAGUGCCGGGUUUAGAAGAGCUCAAAGAAUUUAUUCGCUGGCAUGUCGACUCAACUGUGGGUAGACUUGACCCUGACGGACGUCCGACCAUGAACUCAACCUUAGUCUGGGCUCAAGAGUUUGUUCCGGGAUUUUAUCUCGAGACUAAGAAAGAGAUCCCUUACCAGGACAGACAGGACCUGUACAGCUGGAUUGAGCAUGAUUUAGUCGCAGAGGGGUACAUCAAGAACAUAAAAAGACCCAAGCAUAAUUUCAAGCUUAAAAGUUUUGAGCGUGCUAUGGUCGCUUUCUGGACCAUUGAUGACCCAUUUUUCAUGACUGGAAGAUACCGUGUCCAGUUUCAUUUUAUAACUCUGCAGAAUCUGUGUGUAGGGUCCAGAGUGUCCUCUUUGACUCCAGCAUCCGAAAACAAAGCCGGCAGGGGUCUUCGUUAUAAGAAUAUUGAACUUGUCUUGUUCCGCGACACAGAGGCCCCUUGGAGAAUCGGGUGGCGUCUGGAUCAACAAUUCGUCAAGAACAACAAAGACCCUGAGAACACCAUAUUUGGUACCGCUAUUUGGGACUGUGAUGAACCGAUUUACUCUGGGGCACUAUAUCUUCUAGGCAUGGCCCUUGCCGACAAUGCUCUUUUUGGGUUCUCAAGCGCAGCAGAAGUUUUUGAGCAGAGGAUCCCAGAGGGGGAGGACGAACUAAUUCUCCGGUGGAAUGACGAGGCUAGGGAUCGAUGUAUUGUGAGGGGUACCUCGGCAAAUGGAGUCAGCGAAGACCCAUGGACGAAAGAAAGAUAUCAAGAAGGUUUAAGAAGAUGCCUUGCCAAUGCUGGCUAUUUCGUUACUGCCACAAUUCAUGCCAUGCGCCGUGAGUUAGGGAAGGCUGUCCGAGCUAAGUAUUCUUCGACACUUGUGGCUCAGAUUCUCACGCAUAAGUCAAAAUCUGUCUACGGCAACGACUACCUUGGGAAUUGCUCCAGCGUGGAUGUCGUCAAUUCCUUGAAAGGCAGACCCUUGGAUCAUACUCACGUGGACUAUUUUCAAGGCUUUGAGCGGUUCCACGAAAACGGGCUCAUUCGUCGAUUACCUAUAGAAGAGGAACAGAAGAUUGACGAAGACCCAAGUCUCACUGAGAUCAGCGCAAAAAUUGAAGGUACGCAGUCAGCGGACGAAAGCAGAAGGCUGCGACGUGAAUAUAGCAUCCAGAGGAGAAAGAUCUAUUCGAAAGCGUUCCAGCAAUACCAAAGUGACUGGGUCCGAAAUCGACGCGACUGGAAGAUUCUGACCAGGGGCCGUGAACGCCCUAAUUAUAUCGAGCAGGCAGCGGAGAAACAAGUACUGUGCAAGCUUAUGCCGGAACUGGGUCGUCUGGCGGCGGUAAUCUCCUCCAAUCAGAGUCUUUCGUUCGACGAAAAAGCCAGUGUUGUCCACGACAUUCAUACGCACUGCCUUCGUGAGCUCGAUGUGGUCUAUCUCCCUGACGAGGAACCACAGGAAGGACGAUGCCAGUUGCCCACUUGUGGUGAAUCCAUGGAACAUAUGGAGAAGCCCAACCGGAAUACGCAUCUCCACAAGUGUCGUCUACAACAUUUUGCUUCUAGACGAAACUUAUCGCCUCAACAAGUUAAGUAUUGCUGGGAAUGCUACACUUGUCAUGAUGGAAAAAGUAGUGAGUUUGAAGAGCACUGUGCUGGCCAUCUUCCUUUAAUGACCAGCCAACACUACGAGGUAAUGAAAUAUCGCCAUGCUACUAUCCGUGCUGGCUACUGCAUUGAAUGCAUGUGGAAUGAUGGGCUCUCUGCUGUAUGCAGAAUGAGAGCCUUUACCCGAAGCACGGAGCUUCGAAGCCACAUGGAAGAGCAUCUGGUUCAGAAAUCAUGGCCUUCGGAAUGCCCCGAUCCUUCCUGUAACCACAUUUCUAAGGAAGAGCAAGAUUAUCGCCGACACCUUCACGACGUGCACCAUUAUCACAAAGCGAUGUGUGUGGCAUCCAAGGAGGCUCACAAGAAACGAUCGUCCGCUAUGCUAGACGAGAAGAUAGCCUCGGACUGUACUCAGCCGAUGCAACACAAACAUCCACGCAAGCGUCGCAAGAACGCUCCCGAAUCACCACCAUGUGGACCGAAGGAGUUGAAAAUCAAGUUCUGGCAGCCUUCCACAAUGCCCACAGAGCCCAUGUUUCCAGUUGAAACUGGGAUGCAUGAAAUUAUGCAGGAGAGACCACAAGUAUCGGCAUGGCAGAUUGAGAACUGCGAAAGCACAAUUACGUUGGAUGAAGGUCAGAAUAGCGCGGUUGUCCCGUCGGUCAUACCUGACACUCCAGGUCUUACAGAUGAUAGCAGCACGUGCUCAAGUCCUUCCGCACUAUUAGAAGUAUCUCAGCCCUUCUUGUCCCAGCCAAAUGAGAAGACUGAUCAAUCUGAUGCGUGUACCUACUGGGAGCAGGAAGAGCGUCAGGUCGAGAUCGAGCAGCUUGAGAUUGAGGACUUGCAUCAAAUCAUCGAUAAUACGAUGGAGCAGGAACUCCCUGGUGAAGAUGUGGCUUUACCCAGCAUGGACAUCAUAUCCAUCAAACAGACAUCGUCUUCUUUAACUAAGCCGUCUGAAGAGUCUGCCUCCUACUUGGAUCUCAGUGCAUCUAUUCCCCAAGUGGAAGCGGAUCUUGUGCAAGGCGACUCCAGCAUGUGCCCUGCGGAAAGUAGCACAGUGGAGGAAUGGGAACGAACAGGGCCUGUGACCAGAGCGAAAGCUCGCGAGCAAGCCGCCAAAUCCCCUCAGAGACCAACAAAUCUACACAGCUCGAGGCGCAAAGUUAUGCCUUACAGUCGAGAAGAGGACGAGCUACUUAAUUUGCUCAUGAGAGAGUUAGCUGCUUUCGACGCGGUGACCCUAGCCUUCCAAAAGCGUUUCCCGAACCGAUCAGCGAGUUCGCUCCGAAAACGCUGGUCUCUUAUACAACCGUCGUCACGGCGGUCGACUCGAUCAAGAAUAUAGGAACAGCCGCAAGGCUGUCAU